AUGUCGACUUCCUUAAACAAAUCAGCACAACCAACAAUUGAAAGCAUCAACAAACUUCUCGAGGACAUCAAAGGACUGGAUGAUUUCGAAUGUGCAAUUCAACGUCUAAAUCCAACAGAAAUCAAAGCACCUCCACACUCACCUAGUGGUAAAAACCACUCAACAAUAAAUUUACCACAGUUGCCAUUACCAACCUAUAAUGGUGAUCCAAAAUUAUGGAAGGAAUUCUGGAACAAAGCAAUGGAAAGAAUCCUGCGACAAUUAGAAGCGAUAGGUGAGAAUUUGGAACAUUCGUGUCUUAAAAUAAUUAUUGAAAGCGGGUUACCAUCAUGGGUCCUAGAUAAG